GUUAAACUUUUUCCAGCACCAUAAUCUCUGUUGGCUUCAUUGAAUGAGAAAUAUAUCAAGUGAUCUAAUGGAAGGUGGUGGUAAAAAAGAAAGCUCAUUGCAUGACAUGAAGCUUUUGUUCGUUGAGAUGGGUGUUGGCUAUGAUCUUCAUGGUCAAGACAUAACAGCUGCUGCAAUGAGAGCAUGUAGAGAUGCAAUCGCUACCAAUUCACUUCCAGCAUUCAAAAAAGGUUGCAUCCCUGGUGUUACAUCAGAUGACAUGAAACUACAUGUGAAACUCGGGGUUCCUCAUCCUCUGCAACAAAACUUGGAUAAGGAUAAAAUCAAGUCUGUCUUUCCAUAUGGGCAAAUUAUGAAGUUUGACGUAGUGGAUGGUGGACUAGUGUGCUCAACUGAAGAAGUAGCUGAGAAGAACGAUGACUGCUACAUUGUUAAUGCUGCUGUGUAUGUUGGGUACUAGCCUUCUGCUAUCUUAGCUACCUUGGGAAACUUGUUGGUGUUUCAGUAAAGGUGCAAUGAAAAGUGUAAAUCUGCAAAGAUUUUACUUCAUCAAGUUGUAUUUCUUUAAUAGAUUUGGCUGUAUUAUCUUUUCGUUAUUUCCGAAUGCAUGAACGUACUUUUUUAUUAGUUGCCUAUGUUCACUAUUUCGUUGUAAUAAUUAUAGAACAAUAAUUGUAAUAUCAGCUUAAUCUAUAUUUUAUACAGUUAUUA